AUGGAAGAGACUGGACUUGAUUUCUGGAUAAAUAAUACAGCAACAUUGGUAGAUUGUUUCAUUUAUAUGAUUAAAUUAAUAGCUAUUUAUCGUUUAUCAAAUUUAAAUCCAUUUAAACGAUUAGCAAUAAGAAUUUUUAAUCAACGGUAUACAGAAUUUCAACAUCCUGCAUAUUUAUUAUAUUUUAUACAUAUAUUAUAUCGAGGAUGUGGAUUACGUAAUGGAGGAUUUAGAGAAGCUGCAUUAACUGCUUCUAAAAUGUGGCAUAGUUUAAAUUAUAGUGAACAAGAGUGUAAAGAAUUAAUUGCUCAAUUAAGAAGAUUUGAAUUGAAAUUAGAUCCAUAUGAUUUAUCUUAU